UGGCUCUUUUUGGUGAUUUUACUAUGAUGGAAACAACGUACUACUUUGGUAUUCUUUAUGGCAUGAGUAUAAAGAGAAUGAAAGACAGAGGAAAAUAUUUUUUUUGGAAUUGCUUGAACUUCCUUUUGUCAAUAAGACCAUUAAGAAUCUAAGUGGUGGACAGCAGAGAAGGGUCUCACCUGCAGUUGCAAUGUUACAAGAACCCCACAACUUAUUCUUGAUGAACCUAUAGUUGGGGUGGACCCUUUUCGAAGAGCAAAGUCGAAAAUUGGCAGCAUCAUCUCCUUGAAUUGGUUGAAACUUUGAGAACAACAAUCAUUAUUACUACUCAUUAUAUUGACGAUGCAAGACAAGCUCAUAUUGUAAGUGCACAUACUUUCCAUUAUGUUGCUUUUAUGUGAAGUAGCCAUUAUGAUUGUUGAAUGUAAUUUGUAUAAUAAUAGUCAUAGACAUUUACAUGUAUGUCCUUGCACUUCAUUGUUUAAUUUAACGUACGUACAUGCAUAUUUAUUAAUUGACAGGUUGGUUUAAUGAGGAAUGGGUGUCUGCUGGCUCAGUCUCCACCAGAUGACCUUAUUACCUCAUGUAGAUUGACAGUAAUAAUGAUCACAUGACUACUUUUUAUUUAGACACUAGAAGAAGUCUUUUUAAAACUCUGUCAUGAUUGAGUUGCACACAAAAUACCAUCACCACAAUUAUCCAUAGUUAGAGAAUAGAGAGCAAGACUAAGUAGAGCAAGAAAUAUUUUGCUUGUUUUUAUAGCAACAUUCAUUAACUCCAUUACAUGUGUAUGGAAAAAAGAAAGCAUUAGGAGAUGGUGCUAAUGAAGAGAGUUCCCUUGCAGUUGGGAGGAAUGAAGCAAGUUGGGCUAGUAAUAUGAAGAGAAGUAAGAAAAGCCAACAAGAGACAAGAAUAAAAGCUAGGGCAUACUUAGCCUGGGCGGGCCCAGACUAUAGCUAGGGCAUACUGUACAUGUAGUCAUUAUAUUUUUCUCAUAUUUUAAUUCAAGUCAUUUUGUGGAUCCAUUAUCUGUCUUACCUCAUUUAUUGGAGAAGAAUUGCUAGUUUAUGUUGGAAGACCUUACUCAUAUUUCAUUUCCUCCUUCCUGCUAAUCAAAUUAUAAUAUUCUGCUUGGCUGUUGAUAACAAUUUCUCUGGAGUCAAUGACCCAACAGUGAUAAUGCAUUCAUAUGAUGAUAAAUUUAUUGCUGUGGAUGCAGCAGAGAAAGAAUGGCUAUUGUAAUACCUGAGAACUUCACUUAAAACAUGGUUAAAAGACUAAUGUUAAUGUCUGUGCAGCAGAGCAUACCUGAUGAUGUAAUAAAUGGAUCCACUGUUAAAAUGUUUGAAUAUCUGACUGAAAUUUAAUUAUAGAUCUCCAGAUAACUUGCAUGCUGCACAAUAUCACUGCAGUUGCUGCUGAGCUUCUUCUGAAGGCAUUUAUUGAUAACUGCAAUUUUUUAGCAAAGAUUUCUAUAAUCCCAAAAAAUCAUAAUCCACCUGUUUAUGGUAGCCGUCAUCUCUCAUACUUUGAUUAUGUUGCACCUCGAAUGAUUGUCAUAGAAAUUUUGGAACUAAAGUAUUCAUUACAAGAAGAAGAAAGGAAACAUUCUGAGCUACAAAAUGAAAUUGAAGAACUGGAUAUGAAAAGCAGCUCUUCUCGUGAUGCUCAUAAGAUGUAUGGUGAUAUUAGGCCUGGAGAUACUACACAUCAAGAGGUUAUGGUGGCAUAUAAAAAUUUUUAUAGCAAUGCUCCGCGUAAUUUGCUUAAAGUAUUACCAGAAGAAGCAGAUAAAUUCAAAGUUUGGGAAGUAAUCUCUGACAUUGUGCAGGAAAGUUUUAAAGAAAAUAAAGAAAACAUCAUUCAAAAAAUCAAGGACAAGUUACAUAAAGUAUUGCUAGAAGAUAAUACUAAAACACUAAAUGAAGAAACAACAGAUCUUAUUCGGGCAUUUAGCAUGUUUAUAUAUAGUGAAAGUGUGCGGAUAGAAUCUGUGAAACAGUUUUUAAUGACAGAAGAGCGCUGUGAUCAUCAUGCUAUUGAGAGGACAACAAAAAUCAUUAACAAAAAGUUAAAUCCAAAGCAAUUCAGUAGGUCUUUUGAAGAAGACUGUAUAUUAGAAUCAAGAAUUACUGUUCAUGGGUCAAGUGAACAUCAAGGGCCAUUUGACUCACAGUACCGUCAAAGAGAUGGGAAAGAAAAACGUAAACCUUUUUGGCGUUCUAAGAGCAAUUCUGAAAUAGAGACACAUGUUUCAGCAGGAAGGAACAACACAAAAUAUCAAAGAAACAAAAAAAUACCUGAACCAAAAAUUGAGACUGAAAAAGUUUACCACAAACUUAAAGAAAAAAUGACGAAAGCUAUUGAAAUAUUAGAAUUAUUAGAAGAAAUGGAGGCACUUAAAAGAAAAUCAAAAAGAAUAGAAGAAGAAAUAAAAACCUUGAAAAAAAGAGUUGAUGAUGCGGCUUCAUCAAUGCCAAUUUACACAUUGGAAAGCAGCAAGCACAAAGAUGCAUCUGAUCUUGAAUAUAAAAUGAUUCUGAAGCUGAUAGAGGCAUUCAUCCAUGAUCUUGAGAAUAUUUUGAUCUGUACUACUGAGGAGUACAUUGAUGGGGGAUCUGACACAAGAGAGAAGUAUAAAAUAUAUGGUUUAGUGCUGAGUGCCUGUGGUCUAAAGAAAUCAAAACCUCCUGAAAGUUUACAGCAGAAAGUUUUAAGCACUGUCAAAGAAAAACAUCAAAUUGAUGAUAAAAUAUAUGAGAGAUAUGUUCAAGAAGCAGUUGUUAUAACUCGUGACAUGCUGACACUGUUGCCUCCACUUAUAAUAUCAGUACAUCCAAAACGCUAUAAUGAAAAGAUACAUGAUAUUAAAAGACCUGCUUGGGAUGAAUCUGGAGAAGAAGAUGAAACACGAGAGCUUACCUAUUAUCGCCCCAUUUUAGUAUUUGGCAAUGAGUUACAUGUGGCAGUAAAAGGAACAGUGGGAAAUAAAAAACAUACCUAAUCUUACUAAACUAGUUAAUUUUAUUGAUUGCAUGCAUACAUUAAGCCUGUUUUGUGAACUAUAAUAAAAAGUAUGCAUAGAAUAAUUACA